AUGACGAGGCGGGCCAGCCUGCGGCGUCCCAGGAAGUCGAGCCUGUGGACGACGACCGCCCGCGGCCCUGCGGCGGUUGCCUCAGCAGCAGCUGUCGGGGCCGCGGCGUCAUCUACACCGGGGGCAGCCCCCGACACCACGGCAGCUUCGUCGUCAGUUCCCGCGGCGCCCCGGGCCGCGCCAACCCCACAGGCACCCACGGCCCUGCCCGCCCGAGGGGUCUUCUGGGGCUUCGCGCUCCGGCGUAAUCCCCCGAGCGCUGAUUCGCCGGUGAGCGCCAGCAAGAGGGGGAGGGACGACUCCCCGCCCGCCGCGCCGAAAAAGAAGGCGCGCGUGGACGCCGGCAGCGCUGCUGACCCCGGCGUCACUGGGGCCCGUAGCGUCGCCACCGCACCCGCCGGCGGCCCAACUCCAACAGAGGUGGUGCCGGCAACAGUCAAGGCCACCGAGAGCGCGGUGGAGGCAGCAGCCCGUCAUGAGAUCCAGCUCGGCUCUGCCAAGGACAAGUCGGCCAAGCUUGAGAACGAGCUGGCCACUGUCCGGGAGGAGCUUGACAAGGCCGGCAACGAUAUCGCGGUCAAGACCACGGAGCUUGCGGCGCUGGAGAGCAACCUCCGCAAGGCCAAAAAGGCCGCGCAUGACGCUCGGCUCCACCAUGGCACGCUGAUCGGGCAGCGGAAGCUGGAGACCGAGAAGCUACUCAAGAUCGCCGAGGCGUUGCGCGACUUGCUGCCCCGGUUCGAGUUGCAGGCCGCGGCGGUGGACGGCACGGACGUCUCAACGUUCAUCCCCUUCUUCUCCAACCUGGUGGGGAAGCUGGGGGCGCUCGACAUCUGGAUCACCCAGUUCAAGCACUUAGCUUUUCGUUCAGUCUUACGCUCGAAGCGUUCACCGGAGGUGUACUCCAGGUUCGCCGCCCUUGCAAACACCUGA